UUGUACCCGAACAAUCAUAUGGCGAGUGCCUCUCACUCGCUGUUUGGUCUGCUGUUAAGAGGGGUUCGCGACCGCGCGGCUCGUCCGCCGUAUUCCCUCUUUCGGUCGUCGCCUGCCGCUCUCCGCCGCACUUCGUGCCUUCUCACCCCGAAUCCGAUCCGUCUAUUCCGCGGAACGGUUCAGCCUCGGUCUGAGUCUAGGUCGCAGUCUGAGAUGGAGGAGGUCGUCAGCUACACCUUCGGCCCGUACAAGAUCCACCGUACCGAGGUCUUCCACUCCACCUUGCACUCCUUUGCCAUGGUCAACCUGCGGCCUCUCCUACCGGGUCAUGUGCUUGUAUGUCCAAGGCGGGAAGUAAAACGUUUUAUUGAUCUCACUGCUGAUGAGGUUUGUGACUUAUGGCUUACUGCCAAGGAAGUUGGUGGUCGUCUUGAGCGUCAUCAUGAAGCAUCUUCACUGACAUUUGCUAUUCAAGAUGGACCUCAGGCGGGGCAGACAGUUCCUCAUGUGCACAUUCACAUUCUACCCAGGAAAAAGGGUGAUUUCGAGAAAAAUGAUGAGAUCUAUGAUGCGAUUGAUUUGAAAGAGAAGGAACUCAAGGAGAAGCUUGACUUGGACAAAGAAAGGAAGGACAGAACACCAGAGGAAAUGGCCCGAGAGGCCGAUGAGUAUCGAGCUCUAUUCUCAUAGAUAAUGCUACUUACUUCUGCCCAAUGGAUCUCAUCUUCACCGACUUAUUAAAAAUCAGUGAAGGUAUUAUUAUACGUCUUUUUCUGCCUGGCAUCACUAUGGGUUUUCUCUAUUCCUAUUACUAAGAACAGAAGAAACAAUGAGAAAAAAUGAAUGCAUUUUGUUCUUGACUGCA